UGCUCUCUGCAGGUCGUUCUGGUUCUACAGCAAGUCUUCCAGUUGAUCCGAAAAAUUCUCAGCACUUGGCUGAACGAUGCCCAGGUGGUGGAGGCAGUGUGCGCCAUAUUUGAGAAGUCGGUGAAGACUCUUCUGGACGACUUUGCUCCGAUGGUUCCUCAGUUAUGCGAGAUGAUGGGCCAGAUGUACAGCACUAUUCCGCAGGCCUGCGCCAUCGAUCUGACACGACAGUUGGUUCACAUCUUCGCACACGAGCCGGCGCACUUCCCUCCGAUCAAAGCGCUUUUCCUGCUGGUCACAUCGCUGACUCUCUCCCUGUUUCAGCAAGGACCCAGGAACCAUCCUGAUAUUGUUGAUUCAUUUAUGCAACUCCUGGCACAGGCCUUGAAGCGCAAACCGUGUCUCUUCCUGUCAACUGAGCUGGAUGUAAAGGCCGUGUUCCAGUGUGCUAUCCUCUCGUUAAAGUUCCCGGAGCCGACCACGGUGAAGUCCAGCUGCGCUUUCUUUAUGGAGUUUUUGCCGAGGUGCGGGGAGAUCGCUCCGGUGGGACAAGUGGUUCACGACGAAGGCAAAUUUCUUCUUCAGGCUACACUCGAGGGGAUUGGUGGACAGGCCUCCCGAAAUCUAAUGGAUUCUUUCGCAGACAUGAUCUUCUGUCUCAAUAAGAACUGCUUCUCCUACUUGGUGGUCUGGCUGAAAGAGCUGCUGCAGCAGGCAGGCUUCCCGUCCCCUCGACUGACUCAGGAGCAGAAAGAUAACUUCAGCCAACACAUCCUGCGGGAGCGGGUGAACAAGCGGAGGAUGAGAGACAUGGUGAAGGAAUUCACGCUGCUCUGCCGCGGAUUACACGGGACAGAAUACACCGCCGACUACUGACCCCCCGCCCCCCCAGUCAAGCUUCCUGGAUAUCAACCUGGGCAUUUUCUGGCAUGCCCGCCUGCAAUACUUGAGCUGUGUCGCCCUGCGCCAACCUUGCAGAGCUGCUUUUUUUUUCUUUUUGUUACGUCUCUGAAAACUGCCCGACCCUUUCCCCCUUCACUAACCCUUCGUCCUACUGAGGGCACCUGGAGCUGCAAGGGUAAAGGGGUGGUGGUGGCAAUUUGGAAAGACCUCGCUUGCCAGGUGCUUUCUGCUUCCUAAAAUUGACGUGGCAUCCUCCAAAGACUGGGCACCCAGGUACGAGGGGAUGCAGGGAGAGGGGGGAGGCCGUUUGCAGGAUAUGUACGUUGAUCGGACUGAUACGAGGACUCCUCACGUCUGCUGCUUCCACUCCGACUCUCGCUGCCGCCAAUGAGCAUAUUGCGGGUUUUAUAAACGGCUUCUGAACUGUUAAUGCUGAUCGCCGAGAGUCAGACCCGUUCUCCUCCCAGGACAGAAGAAAAGAGGGAGGUGGGGGGGAGGGGGGGGCAAUGGUUUUACAUUACCUCUCUGUGUCUGAACCCAGGGAUUUCCAUUGACAAUAUGUUUCUCAUUACACAAACAAAAAACUGCUGAAGCAUGCCGACCUAACCACUAUUAAACCAGCCUUGUACUUUAGCUCCCUACUGCCGCCACCCCAGCCCCCCCGCCCAUGCGCCCCCCUCGGAACUGUCUGAUCUUUUAUUCCUUCUCUUUUCUACAGCUAUAAAAACUAAACAUGUGACAGCUGCAUGCAAACCUGUAAGUCGCACAUACUUAAGUUUCCAGGGUUAGCCUGGUCACAUCCAGAACCACAUAGGGGGGGGGGGGGGUAGGGUCAGCGGUCACAGACUCUGCACCCUGUGUUAUCUGCAAAAGGGAAUGAGAGAUGCUGGUCCUGGCAAAGAUUUUUUCCCCCAUUUAUCCUUUAUUUAUUACCACAGACGUCAUUUUCACCGUCCCAUCCCGUUGCCUGUUACCAGCUCUCCAUUGGGGGGGGGGGGGGGGGCGCUUUGCUUCGUCAUCCUGGAUGGGCGGCCAAAGAGUCGGCCUUUGCUGUGGCCUUUUUUUUAUGACUUUCCUUCCUAGAAAGCACAAGUGGAAAAGAAAAUCAUUCAAAGUACCUUUUUUCUUUUUGUUCUCGUUGGCCUCCCAUCAUCGCAGCCCCUUUCCAUCGACCUUUAUCACAAGGAGCAACCCUCGAAAAAUAACGAAGAUCGAUUAUUAGAGCUCACAGGACGUGAGCGCGGCGGACAGUGCGCUGAGAUAUAAUGGGAAUCAGGAAACGUAUUUUAUACCCAGGACUGCUCUGUACAAAAAAUAAUGUUCAGUAAUAAAUGAUACAAAUAAUAAUAAUAAU